GUUUCUAUUACCACAUUCGAGCUUCCUAAGUUGCCAAAUAUUCAAGGAUCAUUUAAGAUGAAGUUCCUCUACGUAUUCCUCGUUAUCGCCUUGGCCAUCCAAUUGGCGGCUUCAGCAUCCAAUACAACUAGUACCCACAAGACUAAAGUAGUCGUGACCCGCAGAAAAACCGCACAUUAAUCUGGACACAUUUAUACCUUCAAAAUAAACAUCUUAAAAAUGCAA